UGGUUUCCAAGGUACAAAGUCCUUUGAGACCCACAAUUUUUGACUGUCUGUAGGCACUACCACUCACUCUCAAAAACACAAAAUGGACGAUCACGCUUUGAUGCAUGGCGGCGUCCUUUCUGAUGAGGAUUUAGCUCGUUUAACACCAGAGCAGCUGGGAAGAUAUAAGCAACAGCAAGACUAUCUUAAAGAACAUAAAGGUCAUGAAGCACAGCAUGAAACGAUGUUCCUGAUAUUGCUUUUCGCACUAUUCGCAUCUCAAUUUGUCAUUUUAUGGUGGAAGAAGAAGCAUUAUCGAUCAUAUCAAGCUGUCAGCUUUACUGGCUUAUGGUUGAUCCCCCUUGCUUCUGGAUUGAAGCUUGGGUGGUGGAGGUUCAUCUUCUUUUGGGUCCUUUAUAGCAUCGUCAAUGGAUGGAUAAUACACAAAUCCACCCGAAAGCCUCUUGAGGCUAUGACACCUCGCCUUGUUUACAAGUGGUUCACCGUCGUCUAUAACUGUUCCUUUGUUGUUGGAAUGGCUGGUUACUGCAUAGUGAUGUUGACAUUCUUCGGUAUUGCCAGCUUGUUUGUAUCUGGCGAUGCAGCCAUGCAGGUUGGCAUUUUGUUCCUCAGCUACGGACUUUACUUUGGCGUGCUAGGACGAGAUUUGGUGGAGAUUUGUUCGGAUCGAAUGGCAGCAACAAUUGGAUACUAUUCUCGGGAUGGACUCCCCAACAAACACCUUCGAGACCAUAUUUGCGCUAUUUGUGGAUCAGCAACACGGCAUGCAACUGGGUCGUUGGUUGACCCUCCUGAGAAGGGAAUGGUUUUUGAUGAACCUAUUCAUCAGUUGGAAUGCAAACAUACUUUCCACGAAAAGUGUAUUCGUGGCUGGUGCUUGAUUGGAAAGAAGGAUAUUUGCCCUUACUGUAAGGAGAAAGUGCAUAUGAAGCAAUUCAAGAAGAACCCUUGGGAUACGCAACAACAACUUUACAUUAGUCUGCUGGAUGGCGUGAGAUAUCUGGUAGUGUGGCAACCCAUCAUUUUCGGUGCCGUCCAAGUGGCAUACUACAUCUUGGGACUUAAAUAAUUUACUGUUUUUAUUGACUUGAUCCCCUCCAUAACAAAACGUAAUAUAGAGAUCGGUAUCCGAUGUACUAAUAUCAUUAAAACAAA